AUGAAAACAGAAUUGAAUGGUUUAACUUCGGCGGACAGAGCAAAAAUGGAUGACGAAUCUCGCGAGCGAGCUAAUGGUUUUCUGCCCGCGGGAGUCGCUCAAGUACCAAAAGAAGAAUUACAAAGAUAUCUUAAAUGUAAGCGUAUCGGAAAUUACCUGCUUGGAAAGACGAUCGGGGAAGGAUCGUUUGCGAGGGUAAAGCAAGGAUUUCAUGUUCUGACAGGAGAAAAGGUAAGAUAUAUAACUAAGGACGGCUCCUUUGGCGACGCGAAUAUCCAGUGAAUUAUAUUAGGUCGACUCGUGGUCAUUCCCUUGCAACAUUCGAACAGUACACAAUGUUUUACCAUCACUGAAGACUUCCCAGUCCUGUGGAAAGGAAUGAGCUGUUUAUGAUUUGCCGAACUCAACGUUAAUACAAGGUAAAAAUAAAGCGUUAUCUUGAACUAACCUUGGCAACAAAAAUUUGUCACAUAGCUGCCCGGCUUAGCGUUUGUCGCCAAUUUAAUUAGAGUGCAAGGUACGUGAAAAUUAUUAUUAGCAGUCAUUAUUUCAUUUGUGUUCAUAGCCUAUGAUAUGGCAUGUUUCACGCAAUGUUUUUUUGCUGUUUUAAGUCAUUUUUGGAAAUACGUUACACGUUACUCACGCACAAGUUACCAAAACGUAUUGUCUGCAAAUUUGCCCUCUUCCAGUGCAGUUUUCCAACUUACGUAUUCGUGCGCAUUACCCUGCUACAUAAAUUAAGAAAUUAAGCCAUUAAAAACGUAUUAUCACGCGAAAAACAUCCAAAUUUGUUCACAAUUUUGAUUUAUAGUUCGCCAUUUUAUCAAACCAAUAUAUCAGUCUGACAUAUUUCAGGGUGAUUUUUCAACUUCCGUUUUUGACGAGUAGCUACUUAACCACGCUUUGAAUAUGCUUAUAAAGCUAACCUUAAACCAUUUUUCACGUCAGGAUUUCUGCUGCUAGUUAAAGAAGCUUUGGGGAAAAAAAAAACAUGCGAGUAGAGAGCAAACUGAAUCACCGCUGUUGUAACAGAGGAUUAGAUAACUCCGUGGGUGAUAUUUUUAGUUGAGAUUUUUGGCGCGCCAAUCAUGUUAGCCUGCCUUCGUUUAUGUUAUUCCAGUGGGUUUCUCUUUCAAUAACAGAAAGCCAUAAACUAUGUACAUAAAACUGUUUUAUUUAAACAAAAGCAUUUUACGGUGAAAGGCCUUAGAUGGUGUUGACUUUUCUAUUGAACAAAAGUACAAUUUAAUAAUAAUUGACUUGCAUACUGUUCGUAAUAUUGGGUUUCUUCUUUUUAAAAUUCCAUAGGAUUAUUUCGCAUACCUGAGUGUUUUAGCUUUCUCUUUUUGUUUUUGGGCGAUUUCAGCGAUAUAAAAUUCGCUAUCAAAUUAAAUCAAAAACAGCGGAAAAUUGUGCAACUGCGGAAGAGUUGUUCAGGAUCUAUAUAAUGAUAUUAUUUCAUUCCCUGUAUUCUGUAUUGGAUGUGGUGGAAUGAGGAAAAUAUCAUUUCCGAUCAUUUCUGAUCGUUGAGCAAUUUAUUUAUCUGAGUGAUCGCAACAACUUUGUUGCGUGUAGUGAGAACAUGGCGAUGCUUCGUAAAGAUUAUCUAAUUCAAGCAACCCCAUUGCAACAUACUGGGCUAUUGACAAGUGUUUAUGUUCUUUUUAAAACAUCGUAAAUAAGAAUAACCAAAAACGAAGAAAAUAUAGAAAUAUAAUGGUAAUCAUAUUAACAGUAAUUUAAAACCCUAGGGGAAGUUUUAAGUAAGAAAAUGUUCCAACUAUUACAAGUUUAACACGUUUUAACUCUUCAAAAACUUUGACAGACCGACUGAAUACUUGUUAGCACUGAAAGCUGAGUUCUACCGGGCCUUUCUGGAAGCUGUUUGAUAUUGCCCCUCUUUUUGUACUGUUCAAAGCGAUAGAUGAUGAUCAGUACUAAAAGUAAAUUCAACAAUGUUGUUCUUCUCAAUAGCUUUUAGGCUUUAUAAACGGCAUACGAAUUCUCUUAAGUACUCUAGGGCUUAGGAAUUUACCGAGUUUCGUGCAGUUAGUAGAAUGUAGUAGAAUUAUGUCAGUUAUGGCUCUAACUCGCCUCGGUACUCAAUUUAUGUGAUCAUGUAGUGUAUAUAUUGCGAUAUGCGGUUUCAAGCUGAGGUGGUGAGUAUUGAAAUGUUAGGAUUCCACUCAUUCUCAAUACCAUGGAGUACUGCAAAUGUACGUGCACUUAAUACACGUCCUCUGGGAGAAAUUAUAUGAAAAAGUGUUGGAGGAACUUUUUUAUGAGGACUUUCACGAUCUUCUUCAGCAAAAGCGGAAUAGGGCUUAUUCUUCUUUUACUGCUUUUAUUCGUCACCGCACCUUAGUUUUAUAGUUGACCAGCAACCCAUACCACCUGUGGUGACCAGCAAACUUAUCUUUUUAACCCACGUGUAACCAAUCCCCGCUUUAUACCCGCAUAACCCUAUUCAGACCGGGGGAGUUUUGAGGUGCCCCCUCGCUAUAUAUAAAGUUGAAUAACUUCACAACCGUUCAAGCUAGGACCAAAUUUUCCUAAAAUUUAUCUGGGAACAUUUUAAUGUCGUUGUGACGUGUAGGUCAAUAUUUAUGUUACCAUGGUAACCGAGUUUUGACAGCCAUGAUUUUCAAAAUUUGCAUUUUCUCCAAAAAGUAUGUGUUAUUUCUAUUUUACUGAUUGAAUUAUUAAAUUAAACUUAAUUUAACUUAAUCAUCAAAGUUAUUGUAACUUUUAAUGAAAUCCAGGCUUGUUAGUGACUAGUUUGCGAAAAAACAUGAGCUUAAUAUGACCAAAAGGCAGAUGCUGAAAUAAAUUUUUAACAGUGUUCAUUUCUCUCAAAAUCUGACAUUUUGCUAAUUUCUUGCUUCCUAAGCAUCCCUUAAUUUAUACCUCGAUUUAUACUAGUUUUAAGUAACAUAGAAUACAUUUAAAUAAUUCAAAAUGGCAGCAGAGUGUAUCAACCUCGUCGUCAAGGAUAUUACUGAGGGUAAUACAGGGUUGAAACUUAACAAAAAUGAGCUAAAACGGCUUUUGGAGUUUGUUACCAAAGAAACUCACUUCCUAUUCAAAGGUGCUUUCUACGACCACUUGGAUGAUGUAGCCAUGGGCUCCCCCUUGUCCCUGUUCUCCCAAUCUCUUAUAUCUUAAAUUAAUAAGAAACAUCAACUGCAUGGAUCUACUCGGGAACAGCUAAGAAUCGUUAGAAACAAAGAUAGAAGUAAUUUCCUGUAAAUUUUCGGCCAAAAGUCAAGGUAAGGGUGAAUCAUGGUUGAAACAUAAAACCAUGCAAUAUCCUCAUGUGUAAACACUGAGCUUUAACGUGUAGAAACCAUGCAAUCACAAAUCACCUGUUUCACACUGAAUUCGUGACAGGAGAAGUACCUGUUGAGCAAAGUGAGGUGACCAGGUUAACGGUACAAGAGCAGUGAAAUAACAGAAUUAAACAGCUAAAAUAAAUUGAUCAGAAUGACUAAACUGACUUGAAGCGAUCGCCUCGAGUGGUUAAGGUAAUCCUUUCUUUCACCAUUUUCCUAAAAAAAUACAAGGGGAAUUAACUGGAACGCAAGUAUCUUUUUCAAGUUAGGAGAGGUUUUGGAGUGAUCAGCAUCAGUUAUUCUGAGAGAACUAAGCACUGCAAAGGGAGUGUCAACUUAUUCUCCUCUGCAACAAUUACCCGCAAUUACCUAUACUAAGAUAUGUUUCACUUGAAAAAAGACCCAAAUACCAGAUAAAGCUCUCGUUACAAUUUCUCAUUCAAAACAAAUGUACUUCGAGCAAAAUUUAUCGCCAGUCUCUUGUAGCUCAGUGGUAGGGAAUCUGGACUACAGUGGAGGUCAAAAGUGUUGGGAACUUUCCGGUGAUAUUAGUAAAACUAGCGACCCCUCCCCUGCCCUCCCACUCCAAACAAAGUUGAUUUUCGAGGACGAUGGGUGGAAAUGAGUACUUUUUUGGCCACAACAUUGCUGGGGGAGUGGGGGUACGACGGGAUGAAGCCAAAGUAGAUCAAAAAAUUGUCACUAGGAGCAGAGGCUAUCUAACAGGCUUUUUCACACAAUCCCAAGUUCUUUGAUCCCCCAUUCAUACAAUUCCUAUAUUUUAUGAUACGGACACCUUUUUUAUGAAACGUGAAACAGAUGCUAUAAACCCCAAGCUUCAUAAAUUUCUACUACUCUGAUAAUACUGACAUCUCUAUAAUGCUGACACUCCAUUGUGUCACUUUGAUGUCCUCAAGGAUGUGUGAUGGGGCCGGGCCGGCGCGUAGUGUCCUUCCUAGAUGGGGGCAUUCGGUAGAGGCCUUAUAGGUAGAGAAACGGGCAUAAGAAGGGCUAAGCUUUGUUUAAGGCAGUACGUUGCCUGUGGAUAACUCUUUCCCGCGUGUUUCGUAGGUGGCUGUAAAGAUCAUAGAUAAGAAGCAAGCGCACCAAGAUAAGUACGUGGCUCGAAAUAUGCGUCGAGAGGCGAAAAUUAUGCAGAUGAUUCGACAUCCCAAUAUUGUUCAGCUGCUUGAAGUAGUGGAAACAGAACACAGGUUAGUAAUUUUGUAACCAGAAAGGUAAAUUUCAUAUUAAGGAAGAUAUGUCGUUUCGGUUGGUUACUAUUAUUUAUUUUACUGUUUUGUCACUCACUCACUCACCCACACAUCUUUGUUUUCGACAAAAUAUUCGAUCAGCAUUCUUCUGCUAGAGUUUUCGGCCAGUCAGCCCCUGUUCCCAGGUCCCCCCGCCCGGCACAUGCGUGCAUGGGCAUUCAGGAGGUUGAUUUGCGUUACCAGGCAACUACCGAAAAAACGCCAUGGACUAUACAUGAAGUUGUAAUAACCGUUACGGAAUAUGAUAAAUAUCUUAUUUGUGAGUCUAAUUUUAGCCGAUGCCAGAAUGAAGGCUUCGCCGCCAAAACUCUCAUACGCGCAAAAGCAAUUCCGCAAGGUAGGCAGUACAUUUAGUACCCAGUUUGAGACGCUGUUGUUGCCUCAGGAGCUACUUUAAAGAUAAAAUAGAAAAGAGACGGCGUGUUAAUGAAGAAGUGUGCCGGGCGCUUCCAUAUCCUGACACGCUGCUUGGAGAUUAAUUAUUCAUUCAGCCUUAGCUUAUCUACUCUUAAGUGUUAGCUUGACUGGUUCGAGCUACAACAAGUUCAUAGCCUGUGAGCAGGCUCGCUUGUGCUUUUGUUUGAAGAGAAUUUUAACGUCAGAGCAACCAGCGCGGGAGGAAAAGUCUUCUAUUCUUCUCGCCGGCUUUAAUUGCUGGCUCUGCACCCUCAAGGGUUAGCUUGACUGGUUUGAGCUACAACCGGUGCAUAUCCUGUGAGCAGGCUCGCUUGUGCUUUUGUUUGAGCAAACUUUUAACCGAACUCGCACAAGUGAGCCUGCCCGAAGGCUUGCCUGUGCAUUAAGGUACUGUGUAUAUCGCUCCAAUGUACAGGUAUUACCUGAUCACAGAGUUAGCAGCUGGGGGAGAUCUUAUGGAUUACAUCUGUUACCGCAGAAAGCUUGGUGAGGUGGAGGUUAGAAAGUUCAUUCGACAAACUGUUUCUGCAGUGCGUUAUCUUCAUCAGGGAGGGAUACUUCACAGGUAAGAUAGAAAGACGUGUAAAACGUCUCUGUAAUAGCAUUUCCAUGGAUAGUGAUAAACAACAUGACAAACAAAUAUUGGAAACCUUCCCAACUGGCGGUAGGAAAGCCAGUUGGCCAUUAACAGCAUGGUCUAGGAAUCGGAAUUAUAUCGAGAAACCAAUCCAGGCUGUGGUCUUUGAACGCGCCUUGAAUUGAACUCAGACCUACCAAUUCCAAAAUCAGAGAGCUGACUAGGACACAAAGAGAAUCGAGAAAAACUGCUAGGGUCAAACGUCUCUUAUCAGUUUGUUGGAAGUUGCACUUUUCCAUGAAAACAUGUUGCCAAGAAAAAAUUGAUAAGGGCAGGUGGGAUGGUAAGCCCGAUUUCUAACUGUUGACUGGGUCCGGUUUCUGUCCGCCUUGCCUAAGAUCCAUCCGUAGUGCGCGAGAAAGAGCGCAGGCGCAGAAAACGACUGGUAAUAUGGGUAUUAAGGGUAAUGGAAAUGUUUGUCCCGAUUUCGAAUCACGAGGGGUGAGCAUUUUCUGUUUGAUUGGGGAAUGACGACGACGACAACUGGUAACUAAUAGCUACUCACGCUUACGGACGUUCCCACGAAGUCUCUGGCAAGGAAACAAGUCAGAAACGGAUCAAGCAGUGAGCCGGUUAACAUACGCGAACUCGCCGGCAAGCUAACACGUAGCUGCAAAAACUUUGGGGAAAUAAUGUAACACAGGUUGUAGGUUGUAAUUUUAAAUUUUUUGUUCUUCAGGGACUUGAAAGUUGAAAAUUUGCUCCUGGACGACGACUACAACAUCAAAAUUAUAGGUAAUUCUUAAGGUAUUUGGUUGUAUUUAGAACUGCGCACAAUAAAUUAAAACAAAAAAUGGCCAGACGGCGGAGGAAUGUGGUUCAGUUUCCUGGAUACCAGAGGCGCGAAAAAUUAGAAUGAGUGAACUACCUCUUGCCUUUCCUUCCUGAAAGAUAAUAGUGAAUGUUCCUUUGCUGUGGCUGCUCCGACGGUUUAAACUAAAAAUCGGUACUUCUCUUGCCAAGUUUAAAACAGCUUUUAGAACGUUACUGUUCAGGAGGGCUCACAGUGGGCUCGCAGAGGGCUGUUCACAGAGUGCUCACAUGAUUUUCCCCCUUAUUUUCUCUUCCUUUACUACUAUUGGCCUUUCCCCCGGGCUUCGCGCCCUUUGGCGAAACACGUAGAGGAUUGAAUGCCAGUGCUCGAUUGGUUUACUGUGCACCUAAGUAUUGUCACGUUACUCCUUUGCUAAGAGAACUCCACUGGCUACCAGUGCGCUUGCGCGUAGAUUUUAAGAUUCUCCUUGUUACAUUUAAGAUUCUUCACGGUGUUGCGCCUAGCUAUCUUAAGGAUCUUGUCUCUGUCUUACCGGUCUCACGUUACCAACUACGCCGUAACAAUAAUGGUAUAUUGUUAGAAAGAACGAAGAAGACUUUGGGAGAUCGCGCGUUAUCGAUGGCUGCCCCCUUUUUAUGGAACAGUCUUCCUCUGCCAAUUAGACAGGAAACAUCAAUCGACUCUUUUAAACGCUCUGUUAAAACAUAUUUAUUUAAAAAGGCUUUUAGUUAGAUUAUUUAUUUAUUUAUUUUUUAUUUUUAUUAUUUUUAUUUUUUUAAUAUUGUAAUGUUAAUAUUGUAAUAUUGUAAUUUUACCGCGUAAUUUUACUGGUUUUAAUUUAGUUAUUAAUAAUAUUGUAAUGCGCUUUUGUAUAUUUUUAUAGAAAAAGCGCAAUAUAAGUAUUAAAUAUUAUUAUUAUUAUUAUUAUUGUCUAGUAUAGAUGUUGUAAGUCCAAUACUCGUUAUCAAUAUACGAAAUAGGUUUCAUAACUUGUAUUAAUAUUAUCUAAUAGAUUUUGGUCUCAGUAACACGAUGUUCGCCCAAUUGUCUGAUGGUCAUUCUACUCGGGAAUUUCUCAAGACUCAAUGUGGUUCACCAGCAUACGCUGCUCCAGAAAUCUUGGGUCACAAACCUUACGGACCUGAAGUGGACGUAUGGAGUAUGUACGUGAACGAUUCCUCGCUGUUGAUUUUCUUUUACUUUGUUGUUAAGCAUCUGGUAUCACCCCAGAUUAUGCAGGGGUGUAGUACCAUCAUCACAACGUUGCCAAAGUAUCGAGAUAAGUCAGUUGAAAGUCCUCGGAAGCACUACGUGAUCUUUGAUUACCGUGAUUUCUGCGAUUUCUACGACUUGUACGAGUUUUUCCUGCCAGGGAAAGUAAUAACUCUAUGCUUGUCCACCCUUGGAGAUUUCCCGGCGAUUAGUCGCAACUUGGUAAAAAAAAACAAACAUCGUUAAAAGUAGAAGUCUUGACUUGAUCUGUUGAAUAUGUUUAUUUUUUCAUCAUCAUUUGAGCAUUUCUUGGGUCAUGUUGCCAGGUCGAUCAAAAAACUUUCUAAUAUGUUCAAUAGAAAGAGUGGAAGCACUGCGCUUGAGCGCGGUCAAAGUUGAAAAAGUUGUCAAAAAGCUUCAAUGCAGUAAAGGAAACGUUGAGAUGAUUUUGAUAGAAGAUUCUAAACUCAUUUAAACUAAGGUUGCAGUGCAGACGCUUUUUUGGAGAGGGGAAGGGAUGGGCCAGCACUAGAAUUUGUUCGCAGGUCGCGAUGAACGAAUCAUAGAAGACCGGUAAAAGGGGAGGGGACGGGAUAGACGGGACACAUUUUCCACCCCUCUUCUCCUCCCCCUCGCCGAAACUUGACCUUUUUUUUUCCUUAAUCCCACCCCACUGAUUGAUCGCACUUACUACUGGUAAAUACAAAAUAAGAUCGACCUUAGGGAGGUUUGUGAUCCCGCGAGACUGAGCAACCCCCACAAACCCUUGUUUUCACUAAAACCGCUGGACACAAAACCUCCUCUGGGUCGAUGUUACAUUGUCACAACCCUUACUUCUCAGCCCAAUCAGCUUUCAAUUUAAACAUGGCGACUGCAGGAAAGAAGAGGGGCUCGCUGGUCUUCGAAGAAAAGCCGGGAUAUAAUUUAUCAACAAAUUCUAUAUUUUCCUGUUUUCUUUUUCAGAGGAGUAAACAUGUUUGCGAUGCUGACAGGAAAGUUACCAUACACAGCCGAGCCCUUCCACAUCACUACACUUUACAACAAAAUGAAGACAAACGACAUGAAUCCCAUUCCUGAUCAUCUGUCAGCUUGUAAGUUCUUUUGGCUUAAUAAGAAAGAGCAGCAGUGUUUCCCCAAGUUGAAGAAACCUUUUCGAUAAUUGAAAGGGUUUUUUGGACAAAAGUAUAUGCCACAAUUCCAACUGAAAGUCAUAAGCAUUGCUUAAGUAAAUAGAGUGAUUUUCAUAUGACCUUGAAAUGAAAACACGCGAACAAAACAGAAGCAACAAACGAACGACAAUAGAGCGAUUUGAUUGGUUUAUCGAAAGGGUACAAAAGAGCGUGGCUUUUGGUUGGUUAAGCGAAAGCUUGCGUGAAAAUAUUUCAUGCCCGAGAACUUUCCAGAAUUCAACCGAUACUUCGCUUUGACGUCAUACCGCAACACGAUUGGCCAAUCGAACAAUGCCUUCUCCACAUUAGGGAUUCUUUGGCGGGAAAACAAAGAGUCCAUGUUUUGAUCUUUUCAUCCAUUGGCUGAUAAAACAAAUAACGAACACUUACCAAAACCAUAUUUCAAGGUCAUACGAAAAUCGCUCCAUGAUCAACAAGCAAGAGAGACUAAUGAGACAGAGACGAAAUCUUAGGGCGUUGGCAAGGAUUUUACUAAAGUUAUUUUUAGAGUUUGUACUUACACGGAUGUCUUAUUCCUGGGACGUCCGCGCAUUUUAAUCGAUUGUUUGAAACGUCAUCAAGCUCAGAAGCGACUGCCUGAAGGUAAUUAAUGCAGAAUAUUGUAACGGUGAGACACCAAGAGAGUUUGCGGAUCUUUCCGGAUACCAUCUUCCGAUUAAUUUCAAGUGUUUAAUUGCUAAAAAUAACUUUGGUGAAAUUCGCAUAUCCCAAGGGCCAGACUGUCCAAUUAUUCUCUCUUGCAAGAAGUUAAUGCUUUUAUUAAAGUCGUAACUGAGUCGUCGCUCACGAGAACUUAAAAAGAAAGGAAAAGGCCUGCUCAUUAUUUCACAGUAGUGGUCGACUUCGGGAACAGUUGCUUACAAGUGCUCUUAAGUACAAAGACAAAGUUCCAACAAGCUAUCACAAUGCUGAUCGUAACAAGAGCCGGUGUUGCCCGCGAGAGUGGUCUCGCAAGGAGAACAUCGACCAUAUCAUUAUUACUUUCUUUAACUCUGAUAUUACUAUUUUUUUAAUAGCAUGUAAGGACCUUAUUCGGCGUUUUCUCACCUUUAACCGCGAGCAAAGGAUCACGCUGGUUGAGGCGCUUAAUCAUGAAUGGCUUCGCAAGGGGUUUGAUGGUCCCGUUAAGCCAGUUGUCUUCCCGAACUACCCGCGGGAGGAGGAAAUGGACAAGAACAUCCUCAGGCACAUGACAGAGAAAAUGGACUUUAAUCAGAAGGAAGUCAUUGACGCUGUGACGCUAAACAGGUAUAUCAGGGGCUUGAUAUUGUGUCGUAAUAGUGCGUGAGUAUCUCUUGAAUUCGGGAUAUUCACUCGGUAUCACCGUUGAUCGUUAACAGGUUUUACUCGACGAAGGUAUUAUUCCGUAAAUCCCCUUUCCUCUGGUAGGUGUAAUAAGGUAUUCAAAAGAAGCUCUUUGUCUACGCCAGAAACGUAUGAGCUGAAAGCGCGGUUUCGCCCAGUAUAUAAACGAAUUUGAUCUCUCUUAAAGAUUUCUAAAAAGGGCUGUAUUCGCAUGCAAGGCCAAAUUAAAAACAAAAAUAUACAAGCGAUUAUAAGCCUCCCUGGAUAUGAGUCCCCCUCUAGCUUACAUUGAAAUGAAUUCGAUUUAUUAUGAAGUUUUGAAGCAUAAUUAAAAACCAGAAAAAAUCAGUAAAUGCAAAACGUAUUUUGAUCAGCACUACUUUAGCUUGAUUGAAGCGUUUUUUUCUAUUCGGGUUAUAAGCCCCCCUGGGAUAUAAGCCUCUCCGUUUAUAAGCCCUUCUAAAACUCCUUAUGAGGAUGUAUAAACCCCCUCGGAUAUAAGUCCCUCCGUUUGUGAGCCCUCCUAAAACCCCUUACAAAGAUGUGUAAACCCCCUCGGAUAUAAGCCUCUCCGUUUAUAAGCCCUCCUAAAACCCCUUACUAAGAUGUGUAAACCCCCCUGGGAUAUAAGCCCCUCUGCUUAUAAGCUCUCUUAAAACCCCUUACGGAGAUGUAUAAAAUAACCCACCCCCCCCGGAUAUAAACCCCUUCGUUUAUAAGCUCUCCUAAAACCCCUUACGAAGAUAUAUAAACCCCCUGGGAUAUAAGCCCCUACGUUUAUAAGCUCUCCUAAAACCCCUUACGAAGAUGUGUAAACCCCCUCGGAUAUUAACCCCUUCGUUUAUAAACCCUCCUAAAACCCCUUGCGAGGAUGUGUAAGCCCAGGGAUUAUAAGCGGACGCUUAAGGAAUGCACUUUAUUUUUUUCAUUUACACCCUGUUUUCACCCUUGUUAGCCCAUCCUGAUAAUAAAGAUUGCAUACAACAGCCAUGUGUUUUGUUUCUGUCCUCAUUGCAGGUCUACCCCAACAGCAACAGUAUACCAUCUUCUGCAGAGGAAACUGAAAAAAUACUACAUAAGACACCCAGAAAAAGUUAAACUGAUGGCUAACGCUGAAAUAACCUCAGCAAACUNUAAGCCCCUCUGCUUAUAAGCUCUCUUAAAACCCCUUACGGAGAUGUAUAAAAUAACCCACCCCCCCCGGAUAUAAACCCCUUCGUUUAUAAGCUCUCCUAAAACCCCUUACGAAGAUAUAUAAACCCCCUGGGAUAUAAGCCCCUACGUUUAUAAGCUCUCCUAAAACCCCUUACGAAGAUGUGUAAACCCCCUCGGAUAUUAACCCCUUCGUUUAUAAACCCUCCUAAAACCCCUUGCGAGGAUGUGUAAGCCCAGGGAUUAUAAGCGGACGCUUAAGGAAUGCACUUUAUUUUUUUCAUUUACACCCUGUUUUCACCCUUGUUAGCCCAUCCUGAUAAUAAAGAUUGCAUACAACAGCCAUGUGUUUUGUUUCUGUCCUCAUUGCAGGUCUACCCCAACAGCAACAGUAUACCAUCUUCUGCAGAGGAAACUGAAAAAAUACUACAUAAGACACCCAGAAAAAGUUAAACUGAUGGCUAACGCUGAAAUAACCUCAGCAAACUCCGAGUCAGUUAUAUCUAAGGAUUCCUGUGGAACUCCACAAGAAAAGGAAAAUAAAAAUAUAGUAAAAAAGAGGCAUGAAUGUACUGUAGCUACAGCGGUGGUUUGUGAUUUUAACGCUAACGAAGAAAAAACACAAAACGGACACAAAAAAUCGGACUCUACGAAGUUAGGCGUUCUACUGAACCGCAAUCGCCUAUCCUCUGCGAGUUCAGAAAAUCUGUCAGCACCAAACGAAAAACUUCCAGAAGGCAAAAACGGAUCAAUGGGUGAUGCUGACUCCGCCAAACUUGAAAACGAGACAGAACACCCUGACAAGCCAGAAACUUGUAACAUUUUCAGCAAUGCGGGAAUUGAAAUAUCCAGAAAGGACUCUUGUAAUUAUUCGUCUGUUGAGGUCAUGGCGGUCAAAGGUCGUAGCCUGUCACUGAACUUGUCGCAUAUUUCGGUCGAAAGCAAAGCGACUGGAGACGAACUGAAAGACGCUUCAGCCGUGAAGUUAAAUGAACGCGGUGGACGAGAAAAUGAAGAAAAUGGAAAGAAGGAUAAGACGGGAUCUCCUCGAUUUUCAGAGGCAAUGCCCGCUCUAACCAAGGACAACAGAACACAAAAAUCACCAAGAAAUGCAGUUCCUAGUACACCAUCUAAAGUCGGCAAAGUUUCUGUCUUUAAUUCCAAGGUUAUUUCGAUUCCACUGCAGCAUAAAAAACAGGAUUCGGCAGCAGAGAAGGUAGUUACAUAUAGAAUAAUCUUCUAGCAGUCCCUCGGGAUGAUAUCUGGGGCGAACAUGUUAUGUGUGAGCAAGAGAGGCAAACGCGCGUAUCAUGCUCGAUCGUCCGCGUCACAGGAGCCUAUAUACAGAUAAAACAACCUACAAUAAUGGUCAAAAGUCCUUGGGACAGUACUGCAGUAUUCAUAUUUUUCUGUCAUUUCUCGGUUCCCUCGUAAAACAGUGCAUCCUUUUCGAAAUUCUCUAACUUACAGUUCUCCCUCCCCCCACCCUAUACAAAGUUGAAGCUCGGAAAAAAUUCUGGAUACACGUGUCCAACAUUGUUUGUGGGGUGAGGGGAGGGGUUGGACCUGUGUGAAUUGGAAAACGCCCCAGCAACGCAAAAGUGUCCCAAGACGUUUGUCUAUGAUUGUAGCUUAUGAUUUGCUCCACUGGGAGCGGUUUAACUUUUAAUAUUCUGUGAUGGACUACGCUGAACUGUUCACAAAUGCAAAUUACUGUCCUGCAGUUGCCAACGGAAGAAAAUCUAUUCUUAGUAGUGAACAAGGUCAAACCACACAAACAGGUGAAGAACACAAGAAAAGCUUACCGUCCAGAGCAACGGGUCUAUUGGAAGGCCCCUAGCAUGGUGGUGCUUUCACUCGAGUUUGGGCCUGAACCCCUACCCUUUACCCCCGCCCCCCCUCCCCUCCCCUGCUGAAACAUGUUGGUAUCCAACCAUUUGUAGUGGUAAGCGGGCUGCAAGUGACAGUUAGCCUUAAUUAUGGUUACUCUUCGUCAUUCAUCACAGACUCAAAAGCUGGAACCAUCUUAGAUCAGAAGCCCAGUUAGAUAACCACUCAGACUUACUUUUCGAUAGUUUUCAUUUAAAAGCGCGCACCUUAAUUGUUAGAAUUUUAUCUGCCCAACUAUAAAUAAGAACCACUACGAUAACCCUAGUCGCCAGAGACUUUUCACGCGUGGUCUCCGGUCUCAAUCAAGAGGCCCUUACCAUGAACCGCAGGAGAAGCUCAAAGUUUAACGAGAACAGUAAAUGGCAUCGCUCUGUAUCAGAGGUUUUUUUUCUCGCGGCUUCCCCGCUCGUGGUUUCGGCCUGCGACCGAGACCGAAAAAUCGUGCUGCACGCGAGAAAAAAAUCUCUUGUACCCAGGGUAAAAAACCAUCCUACAAAACAUAAAUUAAACUGCAACCAGCAGAGGAAGUAAAGGUAAGCUAUCGGGUGAAUAGGUUUUUUCGCUCUACAUGUCUUUAAUUAAACUGUGAAGAAUCGACAACUUAUUCACAUUUUUUUUUUAUCUUUACAGGCUAAGUUAAGCCCCAGAAGGUUUUCACUUCCGCAAACCUUCUUUCCCCCCAGGAACCUCGGAACUAGCCAGCAAGGACAUCCCGUCACUAAUCCCUUCAGUUUUUUAUCGUCGUCAUCUUCUACGGAAACAAAACGAAAGAACAGACACUCGCUACCGCCUUACGGUUUGUGCUGCCAGUUAACGGCCAUUAAGGCGCAGGACGAAGAGAACAUAGGAGACGUGUCACGUGAUAAAGAAGACAAAUCACUUACUGAUCACGUGGCUCAGUGCAAUGGACUUGAUGCUAAGCCUGGGCUCUCGGGAAAAAAAUUUCGUUGCUCACCUAAAUCUAGCGAGAAAAGUAAACAGCGAAGGAAAAAGUAUAUAUUGCGAUAUGCGGUUUCAAGCUGA